AUGGCAACCAAACGUCCAAAUGACAGCACACGCGCUCCGUCAUCUGGUCAAGUCGCUGGAGUACCACCGAAAGCCAGCGUGAGCGCCGGUAUCAAAUCGGGAGUUGAAAGAUGUGACCUAGUCUUUCAGCGACUUAUUCACAGUCUCGAUGCGUUGAAGCAUCGAGCAACGAAGAUCCCAAUUCCUAUGAUUAUCGGAGAUAAAGAGGUCUUCCCACGUGAAGCAUUCACAGUCAGCGAAGCUGUGUGCAUCCUCUCCCAUGCACCACCACCAGAGGAUAUCGAAGCCCAACGCCUCAUCCUCAGCGAAUGGGCGGAGCGAAACGAGGAGUUUCUGCAGGAUAGCAUAUGGAUCAAGGGCAAACUUGUUAAAGUGGAAAUGCCAGAAGACGCGACCGUGCUGGAAAUAGGCCGGCGAUCGAGAGAAUCUCGAGUGCGCGACCACAUCUUAGAGACACUUGGGGGCAUCGACUUCAUCUUGGCCGACAUGAUGUCAAUCACAGGAGCGAGAGACCGUGUGAAUCUGGAAAAAUGGCUGGGUCACGCGCCGGACUAUGAGUUAAAGGAGCUGAAACUCCAGCCCAAGGCAAAAGAUCUGGGCAGAUACAUCAAGAUUCUCUUGCUGUUGACGGAGAUGGUUGGAGAUCAGGGCUCAACUGAAGAAAGCAGUUGUGCGGACGUUAAGGACCUCGAUAAGAAGGUUUCCGACGAGGGCUUGAAGGGAGAGCGCUCAGCUGAAGAAAGCGCUUGCCCGGACAGCGAAAGGCAUCAUGACAGGGACCAAACCCGAGGAUCGGGGAAGAAGGGCCACCUGAAGGUGCUCAUGCGUUUAUUGCGAGUGGUUCUGAAGAGGCCGUCGAAGAAGAGGCCUUCCAAGCGGAACGUUUAA